UGGUGAUAAUCUAUUAUUUGUAGAGAGUUGGUUUUGGACUAAUUAAGGGAGAGUGUUUAGUUCAUUUUUUUUCCUUUGUAUGAAUGAAACACUUCAAUUCUUGUUGAUUAAAUUCUUGAAUCAACAAGACUGAAUUGUUUUUGAUAUUUAUGUGUUGAAACAAUAUGAGGAAUCCACCAGCCUUGUUCAUGGCACUCUUGUCUAUUGGGAGUUUCCUCUUCACCUAUAAUUUUGUGUCUAUAAUUGUAACAUCUAAUGAGAAGCAGAACAAAUUUGUCUUGGAUCCUUUGGUUGAGAUGCCAGAGCAUGUGAAAAGAUCGAGGAAUCAUCAGCGACCUUUUCACGUUGCCCUGACAGCUACCGACACGCCUUACAGCAAAUGGCAGUGCCGUAUAAUGUACUAUUGGUACAAGAAUAAGAAGGAUCUUCCCGGAUCAAACAUGGGAAAGCUCACCAGAAUCCUUCAUUCCGGGGGUCCAGACAACCUCAUGGAUGAGAUUCCCACCGUCGUGGUUGAUCCUCUACCCCCAGGUUUGGACCGGGGCUAUGUUGUCUUAAAUAGGCCUUGGGCUUUCGUACAAUGGCUGGAGAAGUCGACGAUUGAAGAAGAAUAUAUAAUGAUGGCAGAGCCUGAUCACAUAUUUCUAAAACCACUGCCUAAUUUGGCUUACGGAGAUUAUCCUGUAGCGUUCCCGUUUUUCUAUAUCAAACCCGUAGAAAAUGAGAAGCUCAUUCGUAAGUUCUUCCCUGAGGCGAUGGGGCCAGUGUCGAAUGUUGAUCCCAUAGGAAACUCUCCGGUUAUAAUUAAGAAGGAUUUGCUGAAGGAAAUUGCACCAACCUGGUUGAACGUCUCGUUGAAAAUGAAAAACGAUCCUGAGACGGAUCGUAAGUUUGGAUGGGUGUUGGAAAUGUAUGGGUAUGCGGUGGCCUCAGCUCUUCACGGGGUGCAGCAUAUUCUUCGGAAUGACUUCAUUUUGCAGCCUCCUUAUGACUUGGAAACACAAACCAAGUUUAUUCUUCAUUACACUUAUGCAUGUGACUUCAACUUGAAGGGAGAGUUAAUCUACCCAAAAGUUGGGGAGUGGCGUUUUGAUAAGCGAGCGUAUCUUGAUGCACCUCCGCCUCGGAAUCUUCCAUUGCCUCCUCGCGGUGUCCCUGAAAGUGUGGUCACUCUUGUAAGGUUGGUGAACGAAGCGACCGCUAAGCUUCCCAAUUGGCAAACAACAGAAGUUAACAGCUCUAGUAUUGGGAGAAGUUGAUGUAUACUUAGGAAAAAACCAGGUUUAGGAGUAGCUGUGUAAGGCCUUUGUUCUUCUCCACAUUUCUUUUUACAGUUUCAAAUCAGGUAGCUAUAUAUAGAUUUUUCAUUUGGCCAGGUAAUUGUUUUAGUAAACUGCAAAAAUGGUUGCAUUUUUUGAUACCUCAUGAAAAAAUAUUAUUACCAGAAUGAAUAAAGAUGUAAUCCCCUUUGAGACA